UCCCCUUCUUCGUACACUGCAAUAUUCCAUUUCUUUCCAACCCAUUUCUUAUUGAUCUUCAUUUUCAUCAUCAUUUCAAGUUUUUGGCCUAUAAAUCUGAAAAAGAUGCAAACUUUCUUGUCCUAAAGCCACUAAAAUGGGUAUGUUAGAUGAUGAUCAUGAUGAUCAUGAUGAUUUUGGAGUUGGGGUUGAGGAAAGUUUGAAUCUUGAUCUUAAUCGUGCCAUUGUUUCUUCCUCUCAAGAGAGUUCUGAAGUUCUUGAAAAUGGGAGAGGUUUUUGGAACUUCCCAUUUUCAUGUGAGUCCAUCACUAGAAGCUCAGAGACUGAUUUCAGUGAUGGGUUUGUUGAAAACAUGAACGAGCCCUUAAAUAAAGCCAGUGGGGCUCAGUCUAGGCUCUGUGCUAGAGGCCAUUGGAGGCCUGCUGAGGACACCAAAUUGAGAGAGCUUGUAGCCCUUUAUGGCCCCCAAAACUGGAACCUCAUCGCCGAGAAGCUCGAGGGAAGAUCCGGGAAGAGCUGUCGACUGCGAUGGUUUAACCAAUUAGAUCCGAGGAUUAAUAGAAGGGUGUUUAGUGAGGAAGAAGAAGAGAGGCUAAUGCAGGCUCAUAGGAUAUAUGGAAACAAAUGGGCGAUGAUUGCGAGGCUUUUUCCGGGAAGAACGGAUAACGCUGUAAAGAAUCAUUGGCAUGUCAUAAUGGCGAGGAAGUAUAGAGAGCAGUCUCGUUCAUAUAGAAGGAGGAAGCUGAGCCAAUCUGUUUAUAGAAAAAUGGAAGAAGAUUUGAGUUUCCUCGUACUUCCCAAAGAACAAGACAACCGGCACCCGACAGCUCGUUCUCCUUUUGGUGCUGUUGAUUAUGGCUUUUUAACCCAAAUGGCCACUGCUGGAGGAGAAUCAAUGAACAGUCAUCAUAGGCUUAAUCAACCCUUCUUCAGCUCAUGUUCUCCGCUUUCAACUCUUAAUGUUCUUCCAGAUCCCAAGGGCAGAUUUUGGGAAGGAACAGGCCAUGGAUUUGUGGAACCACGCAGCCACCGCCAAUACCAGCCAUAUAACACGGCGGCGUUAGCAUCCAACGACGGCGUAGGCGGCUCACAAGUGGCCACAUCUCACGUUCUAAGAGGUGGAUCUUCAUCAGUAACGGUGGAGACAACAAAACAAGCACCACCAUUUAUCGACUUUCUUGGGGUUGGAGCCACAUGAAGAGGGUGAAUCUCAGAUGGGAUUUCAAAGGAUUAGAGAGGUAACUGAAGAAUAUGGAACCAACAUUACAGAGUGGUGGAACAUAUGAUAUUAUCCUAAAUGUUCUUCGUGCUUUGUUUUCCUUAUUAAGGUUACUUUCUUUUGUUAUCCUUAAUCUCCUCGACGUGUACUGUUUUAUGCCUUUCAAGUCAAGAAACU